AUGGCUUCGGGUCAUCCGCACUCGGUUGCUGGGGCCGACGGUGCUGGCCAGUCGGCGCCACAGCACCCCAGCAACACUGGCCUCCCGAUGGUGGCACCGGUUGCCCAGCCGGGACUCGACUUUCUUUGCGCCACCUCGACUUUUAUGCUGCCGGGCAUGUGUGCCGGACUACCGGCGACGGCAUCCUCCAACAACGGCGCCGCUGGCGGGCUUGUUGCUGGGGCUGGUGUUGGUACCGGAAGCAAUGGUUACCUGGACGCGGCAUCUGUGGCGCCGUACGCGACGGCGCCAAUUGUGCACACUGUCGGCGGGCCUCUCUUGUCUCCCGCGGAGACUGGGCAACCGCGUCUGUUUGUCAACCAACACCUGCAACAACCGGCGCCACCAGCUUCACAGGCCUACUUCCAUCAGGCCAUCGGGUACGCCAGACAAGGGCCGAUCAGUCACCAUGCCUCCGGCGAAAUGAGCCAGACGGGCCUCGACUUCGCCUACGCGUCACACUCCACCUCGAGCGGUACCGACGCGGGCGACUUCGAGACCGGCCACGCCUACUCGGCCUCGUCACUUGCCCCCUUUCACAUGACCAAUCAUACCGCCAGCCUGUCGGGCCUUCUGUCCGGCCAUCACCAACACGCCCAUCUCGUCUCGGGCCUGAGCGCCAACGAGGCGUCCGGACUCAACUCCCUCGGGCCCGGCCUGCAUGGGCUGAGCAACACGCUGGGCGGUCGGAGACUGCAAGUCGGCGCGUUGCCGGGCCACUGGCAGGAGGUGUCGACUCCGUGCGCUUCCGUCGCCACAUGCACGAGCCCCGUGACCGCGACGGGUCUGGCACAGACGCAGACGGCCAUGUAUUUUCGCGGCGAGAUGAUCCCUCCGCCGCCCGAGUACCCUCCGCCCCCGGCGCCCAGAGCCUCGUCGGCUGGGCUCAGCCCAGACCUGGCAACCGGCCCCGGAGACAGAGCGGCCGUGCGGCCAGAGGGCAGUGCUGACGGCAACGCGGCGCCCGGCAGUGGGGUGGGGCGCGGUGACCUCUGCAAUCCCUACUCCUCGCAGACAGAGACGGAGGCGGAGGAGGCCAGCGACUCGGACUCGGACUCAAACCCCGGCCCGGGGCUGGAGGCGAACACGGCCAACGGCGACCCGCCCGUGUCCACAGGCACCGCUGCGCUUCCUCCGCAGGACGGCUUCAAUGCGUCCGAUUCGGAUCGUGUCUCAUGUCAGGAGGCGAUUGGUACCUCGGCCGACGACUGUCGACAGCCGACUUGCGUGGCCGGUCGGUGCUCCCGUGUCUGGCAGACGAGGGCUGCCGGGUUGUGUGACGAUGCCAACAGAUCUGCUCCUCCACCCCCCGGCAACUCACGGCGGACGAAGUCUCCGCGUGUCUCCAAUGGCCCCUCAUCUUCCGCCUCCUCUUCCGCCUCGUCAGCCUCCUCCGCUUCGUCAGCCUCGUCAGCCUCCUCCUCCUCCUCCUCCUCCUCACCCCCCUCAGCUGCUGUUUGCCCGCCCGGCGCUCUGGCCACAGUCGUCAUGGCCAAUCUGCCUCACCAACAUCCACACACACACACACACACACAUACCCAGGCACACCUACACGCAUACUCACAUCCACAGCCGCAUGUGCCCGUGACUCCUGGCGGUGGGGCUCGUGGUCAACUGGGCCGGCCGGGGCGGGGGGCCGGCAGGCUGAAGACACAAAACUCGGACGCCGAAGUCCGCUGGAGAGGAGGCAUUGGCAACCGCAAGACAAAUGGUGUUGAACUGUUCGGCCCGGCUGGUGAGACAAUGGUUGAACUGGCCUCAGACGCCCACUUCCGGCCAGUUUCACCCGGUUGUCAGGGUCCCUCGGCCGAGGAUCUGGCUCCGAUGUCCAGCACGCCGAUCCGGGCCGAGAUUGUCCGACGUGAACCGAGCAUUCGACGAGCCACAGAAGAAACGACCAACUCAAGUUAUGCCGAGGUCUACUGA